CUGUUGGCUGUUGUCAUCCCGGAAGAUUUACCUUUCUCCUGACACGUAGCAGCCUCAACAAGUUGGCAGGGCUCUGUGUAGAAUUGUCAAAAAACAGAGUGAGAGAUGUCGGGGUUUGACACUUUCAACACAGACUUUUAUCAGUCCAGCUACAGUGUAGAUGACCAAAACCAGGCAGCCCAGGGCUACAACAAUGCUGAAACCCCAUACAAGCCAUACGAUGGUCAGUACGACUACUCCCAGCCCAUGGGCUACGCUCCCCAGGGGGUGAUGCAGCCCCAGCAGCCUUACACAGGACAAAUCUUCCAGCCCACACAGACCUACACUCCAUCCCCGUCACAAUCCAUGUAUGGAAGCAGCUUUGAUGAUGAGCCGCCACUGCUAGAAGAAUUAGGGAUCAACUUUGACCAUAUCUGGCAGAAGACUCUGACGGUCCUCCAUCCAAUGAAGGUGGCAGACGGCAGCAUCAUGAAUGAGACAGACCUGGCUGGCCCGAUGGUCUUCUGUUUGGCUUUCGGAGCUACCCUCCUUCUGACGGGUAAGAUCCAGUUUGGCUACGUGUACGGUAUCAGUGCGAUCGGCUGCCUCGGCAUGUACUGCCUCCUGAACCUCAUGAGUAUGACGGGCGUCUCCUUCGGCUGUGUGGCCAGCGUGUUGGGCUACUGCCUCCUUCCCAUGAUCCUCCUCUCCACCUUCGGAGUCCUCCUCUCUUUACAGGGCAUGCUGGGAAUUAUACUAACGGCAGCAAUCAUUGGCUGGUGCAGCCUCUCAGCAUCAAAGAUCUUCAUCUCGGCGCUGGCCAUGGACGGGCAGCAGCUGCUGGUUGCGUACCCGUGUGGUCUCCUAUACGGGGUCUUUGCACUCAUUUCUGUCUUCUAAAACCCAUCAAAUAACAGUUCCAAAUAACCGCUCCGCGCUUUCUGUAAUUUCAGUGUAAUUAGUGUAAUUAUUGGCCAAUUACACUGUUAUUGUAGAAAAGUAGGAGCUCCUUUCUAAAACGGCACCAAGGUUUUUUUUUCUUUAGUAAGCCUCCACCUCUCACCACAUUCCGACUUGACCAUAUGCAGGCUGGCGUAUUGUCUCAUUCAUGUCUCCGGUCCACUUUGCUCCAUCAUACAUCUUAAAGACUAGGACUGUGAAAUAAACCUGGUGAAGAAUUGAAAAAGAACUCUCCUAUGGACCUUGUUAAGCCUUCAGUGGCUGUGCAGUCCGAUGAUUCUAAGGACAUGAAUGGGAAGAAAGUGAGCAAUUAUUUCACACAAUGAAAACCCGAAGCGGACAUUUUAAUUUAGACAAACGAUUUUCAAGGACUGAUAACCGACUCUCAGCAACAAUUUGGAGCCAGCGGGAAACUAUUUUUGUAAAAGCUGUUGUGAGGUGUUUCUGUAAAACCCCCUUUUAGAAUCUAACCCUGUGAGACAAGGGGAAACACAGACGUUCCUUCUGCACAAGACUACAUACAACAUGGGAUAUCUUCCUCUGUAUCUUCUUCGCUCCAUGACCAAGGAUUCUAUAAUCUCAUCAUUCACUCAUCAAAGCAUCGGUCUGAUCUUUGAUGUUAAAACAGCAGCUCUGCUAUAUCUUCUAAUGUAUUGGUUUAUUAUAUUAAUUCAAAUGUUGAUGCUUUUAAAGAAAACACCAGUUGCAACAAAGGCAUUAUUCUAAUUUCCAAGCAAACUGAUUUGAUUAGAUAUCGAGACAAAUUUAAUUCUGAGAAUGUACAUUUCUAGGACCAGACAUCUAUCAUUUUGUAUUUAGUCACUUCACUUUGUAUGCUUUGAUGUGUCAUCUGUUGUUCAUGUCUUCAUAUGCACAUUAAAGUUGUCUUUGAAAGUUA